AUGGGAUCGCCAGCAGCUAUAGUUCAAGGUCCUAGUCUCAUUGGGAUCUUCCUCAAUCUGAUUCUGUACGGUGCUAUGUGUGUUCAAGUCUUUUACUACUACACGAGAUACCCGAAGGAUACGGUGUGGAUCAAACUAUAUGUUGCCCUGUUAUUUGUGGCCGACACCCUCAACUCUGCGUUCAACAUGAUCUACGAUGUACUCGUCACGGAUUGGGGCAAUGCGGAGGCCCUCGCUGUCGGCAACUGGAUCUUCUGUACGGACCCCGCCAUGACAGGCAUCAUCGCGGGUCUGGUUCAGAGCUUCUUCUGCUGGAGGAUCUGGGUGCUGACCCGGAGUAAAAUCAUUGUCGCAAUCAUUGGUUUCGCGACUGUUUGCUGUACCUUGGGAGGUAUUGGGUCUGGAAUUGCGGUCGGUAUCAUGAAGCAAUGGGCCAUCCUUCAGAACGGUACAGGAAUUCUAGUGGUCUGGCUGGCGGGCGGUGCUAUCGCAGACAUUGGUAUCACUGUGGUCAUAACGUGGCACAUUCGUCGCCACGCUGUGAACUUCAAGCAACGACAAGACCCCCUCUCUCGUCUCGUCCGACUGACGAUCUCCAAUGGUUUAAUGACGACGCUCGUCAAUGUAGCUGACAUCAUUGCAUUCGUAGCUUCGACCGGUGGAAUGCACUUGCUAUUCAACUUCCCCCUGGCUAAGCUCUACACGAACUCUGCGAUGGCGACCUUGAACCAGAGGGAAAGGAACAGGACCGAGCAGUCUAGCACCAGCAGAACGCCUUCCGCGAAGGUGUUCACAGACGGUCACGGUAAUCGACCAGUCAGGGCCGACGGCGCCGUAACAGUCACGGUGGAAAGGCACGAAAUGGUCGACAUGCCGAAGGGAGACGAAGAAUGGGAGCUCGGAAGAGACACAAAACAGGACAGCUUCUAA